GGCCCGGGGCAUUGUCCGACUCCGGCAGCGGGGGUCCGGCUGCGAGAGCGGCGGCGCGGGGCGGCAUUGAGCGUCGCGCGGCCAAGACCAUGGCUGGAGGCAAAGCUGGGAAAGACAGUGGGAAGGCCAAGGCUAAGGCAGUGUCCCGCUCACAGAGAGCUGGGCUGCAGUUUCCUGUGGGCCGAAUCCACAGACACUUGAAGACUCGCACCACAAGCCAUGGACGGGUGGGUGCCACUGCUGCUGUGUACAGUGCGGCAAUUCUGGAGUACCUCACAGCCGAGGUGCUGGAGUUGGCAGGUAAUGCUUCCAAGGAUCUCAAAGUAAAGCGCAUCACUCCACGUCACUUGCAGCUUGCAAUCCGAGGUGAUGAGGAGUUGGAUUCACUUAUCAAAGCUACCAUAGCCGGGGGCGGUGUGAUCCCACACAUCCACAAAUCUCUGAUUGGAAAGAAGGGACAGCAGAAAACAGCUUAGGAACCUGCUCACCCAUACUGUCUGUCUGUACCUGGGACAGAGGACGCCAGUGGGAUGGUGUGGAAUUUUUAAAAACAGUUCAUUAUGGAAAAGCAUAGACAAUUGCUGUAGACAAGAUAAAAGAAACAUUUGUAUGUUUUUAGACUCAUGAAGUUUUUAAUAAAGUUCCUUCCCCUGUGGUCAUGGUCAUGUGUUGAUUGGCCAGGUUCUUCCCUUGUGUUUUAUACAAAAACAGAAUUGAUAAAACAUUUUUUACAAAAUGAA